AUGCGCGUCGCUUUCAGCAGCAGCAUCAGCGGGCAGAAGCUGCUUCAAUGCAAUGCUCCAACUAGCAGAGCGGACCGUGCUGUGGGCUUGCGAGUGUGCGCCAUCAAGGACGGAGCAGUGCUCGACAGAAAACUGCGUGUGGCAGUGAUCGGUGGCGGUCCGUCCGGCGCCUGCACUGCUGAGACACUUGCAAGCGGUGGUGUCGAGACGUUUUUGAUCGAGCGCAAGCUCGACAACUGCAAGCCUUGCGGCGGUGCCAUCCCUCUUUGCAUGGUGGACGAGUUUAACAUCCCUGCUGAGAUCAUCGACAGAAAGGUGACCAAGAUGAAGAUGAUCUCGCCCAGCAACAGGGAGGUGGAUGUGGGCAAGACGCUGUCAGAGACGGAGUACAUCGGCAUGUGCCGGCGCGAGGUGCUGGAUGCCUACCUGCGCGACCGCGCCAAGUCCAACGGCGCCACCGUCUACAACGGCCUCUUCAUGCGCAUGGAGAAGGAUGGCCCUGAGGGCGGCUACACGGUGCACUUCAACAGCUACGAGGAGGGCGGCAAGGUGGGCAAGCCGCAGUCCAUUAAGGUGGACGCCGUGGUGGGCGCUGACGGCGCCAACAGCCGCGUUGCCAAGGAGAUCGACGCCGGCGAGUACGACUACGCCAUCGCCUUCCAGGAGCGCAUCCGCAUCCCAGACGACAAGAUGGCGUACUACAUGGACCUGGCAGAGAUGUACGUGGGCGACGACGUGUCUCCAGACUUCUACGGCUGGGUCUUUCCCAAGUACGACCACGUGGCAGUCGGCACCGGCACCGUCAUCAACAAGAGCGGCAUCAAGCAGUACCAGCAGGCCACCCGUGACAGGUCAAAGGUGAAGACGGAGGGCGGCAAGAUCAUCCGCGUUGAGGCGCACCCGAUCCCGGAGCACCCGAGGCCGCGCCGCGCGCAGGGCCGCGUUGCGCUGGUGGGCGACGCCGCCGGCUAUGUGACCAAGUGCUCCGGCGAGGGCAUCUACUUUGCCGCCAAGUCCGGCCGCAUGUGCGCCGAGGCCAUCGUCGCCGGCUCCAAGAACGGCACGCGCAUGGUCAGCGAGCAGGACCUGAACGUCUACCUUUCCAAGUUCGACACAAAGUACUGGCUCACAUACAAGGUCCUGGACAUCUUGCAGAAGGUGUUCUACCGGUCCAACCCGGCGCGCGAGGCCUUCGUGGAGAUGUGCGAGAGCGAGUACGUGCAGCGCAUGACCUUUGACUCUUACCUCUACAAGACCGUCGUCCCCGGCAACCCCCUGGACGAUGCCAAGCUGGCAUUCGACACCCUGGGCAGCCUGCUGAGAGGCAACGCCCUCCGCCAGGGUGCCAAGACCGUCUCCUUCGGCUCCAAGCAGCCCGAGAAGGUCGCCGCCUGA